AUGUCUGAACAAUGGCAGGUAAAUCCAGAUAAUCGAAGAAGACUUCUGCAAUUGCAGAAGCUAGGCGGAAAUAAGAAAUGCGUGGACUGUGGGGCACCAAAUCCGCAAUGGGCGUCGCCAAAAUUUGGUAUUUUUAUCUGCCUGGAGUGUGCAGGGAUCCAUAGGGGCCUUGGUGUGCACAUCUCCUUCGUGAGAUCGAUCACGAUGGAUCAGUUCAAGCCAGAGGAGUUGGAACGCAUGGAAAAGGGCGGAAACGAACCCUUCAGUGAUUAUCUGGAAUCGCACGGCGUUGAUACCAAACUACCCCAAAAGAUCAAAUACAACAACCCAAUUGCUUCUGAUUAUAAGGACAAGCUUACCGCUGAAAUCGAGGGUACCGAAUGGACUGAACCUGAGCACCCGGACUUUGAUCCUAAGGCUUUGGGCUCUUCAAAUGAGCAGCCUGUGAACUCAGAACAAGAUUCCAGAGGUUCCACACCUGCACCAUCAAUUUCUGGAGGCUCUGUGGCUUUGGAAUCGCGCAAAAGCACCCCACAGGCUUCUGACUUGCAACGUGAGAAAAACGAAACCUAUUUUGCUGAAUUGGGUAAGAAGAACUCGCUUAAAUCGGAUUCGCUUCCACCUUCACAGGGAGGUAAAUAUCAAGGUUUUGGCAACACGCCUGCUAAUCCUCAAAAAAAUGACGAUCUGAACGGCAAAAUGGCUACCUUGUCUCUCGAUAAUUUGCAAAAGGAUCCAUUGGGGACUUUUUCCAAAGGAUGGAGUAUGUUUUCCAAUGCCAUCAGCAAACACGUUGAAGACGUGAACGACACCAUGAUCAAGCCAGGGGUGCAACAAAUGCAUAACAAGGAUCUCUCUGAGGAGACCCGUAGAGCAGCAGCUCAAUUCGGCCAAAAAUUUCAAGAAACCUCAAAUUAUGGCUACCAGGCACUCUCGAACUUCACGAAAAAUCUGCAAGGACAGUAUCAACAAAACUUUGGCCAGGGGCCUGCUGCUGAGAGUCAAUUCUCUAAACUCUUUGAUGAUGUUGGCAAUGACAGUGCAACAGUCGCGAGCAGCGCAAAACCCAAAAAGUCCGAAGAAGACGAAUGGGAUGAAUUUUGA